CGGCCUCUGAUUCCCACCCUCUCUCUCCAUCACAGCUGCUGCUCCUAAUUCCAAGCAAAGAUUAGUAGACCAAAUGGCCGUGGAAACCACCAUCCCCACGACGACCUCCACAUCCCUCGGCCCGGCCGCGAACGAGAAAGAUGCCGAGAAGCUCCGUUUUAUCGAUGAGAUGACCGCCUACGCCGACGCGGUCCAGGAGAAGGUGCUGGCCGAGAUCCUGAGCCGGAACGCCGAGACCGAGUACCUCCAGAGGUACAAGCUUGGCGGUGCCACCGACCGUGCCACCUUUAAGGCAAAGAUCCCCAUGGUCACCUAUGAGGACCUCCAGCCGGAGAUCCAGCGCAUCGCCAACGGAGACCGCUCUCCCAUUCUCUCAGCCCACCCUAUCUCUGAAUUCCUCACCAGCUCGGGGACGUCGGCCGGUGAACGGAAGCUGAUGCCGACCAUCAAAGAAGAGCUGGACCGCCGGCAGCUCCUCUACAGCCUUCUCACUCCUGUCAUGAACCUUUACGUGCCGGGGCUGGACAAGGGGAAGGCCCUCUACUUUUACUUCGUGAAGUCGGAGACCAGGACUCCCGGCGGGCUAUUGGCGCGGCCGGUGCUGACGAGCUACUACAAGAGCGAGCACUUCAAGAGCCGCCCCUACGAUCCCUACAACGUGAUCACCAGCCCUACCCCCGCCAUCCUCUGCGCCGACUCCUUCCAGAGCAUGUACGUGCAGAUGCUCUGCGGCCUCCUCCACCGCCUCCAAGUCCUCCGCGUCGGCGCCGUCUUCGCAUCCGGCCUCCUCCGCGCCAUCCGCUUCCUCCAGCUCCACUGGGAGGAGCUAGCCCGCGACAUCGCCGCCGGCUCGCUCAGCCCCAAGAUCACCGACCUUUCGGUCCGGGACUCGGUCGCCGACAUCCUGCAGCCCGACCCAGAGCUGGCCGAGUUCGUCAGAGCCGAGUGCUCGACGGGGGAGUGGGCCGGGAUCAUAACCCGGAUCUGGCCUAGUACCAAAUAUCUGGACGUGAUCGUGACGGGGGCCAUGGCGCAGUACAUCCCGACCUUGGAGCACUACAGCGGCGGUCUCCCGAUGGCGUGCACCAUGUACGCCUCCUCCGAGUGCUACUUCGGGCUCAACCUGCGGCCGAUGUGCAAGCCCUCCGAUGUCUCCUAUACCAUCAUGCCCAACAUGGCCUACUUCGAGUUCCUCCCACUGGAGCUGGCCGCCACGCGCAAGGGCGACGGCGACGUCCAGCUCGUGGACCUGGCCCGCGUGGAAGUCGGCAAGGAGUACGAGCUUGUGAUCACCACCUACUCGGGGCUCUGCCGGUACCGGGUCGGCGACAUCCUCCGGGUGACCGGCUUCCACAACGCGGCCCCGCAGUUCCGCUUCGUGCGGCGGAAGAACGUGCUGCUCAGCAUCGAGUCGGACAAGACCGACGAGGCGGAGCUCCAGAAAGCGGUGGAGAGCGCGUCGGAGCUCCUCAAGCCAUACAACGCCACCGUGGUGGAGUACACGAGCCACGCCUUCACCAAGACCAUCCCGGGGCACUACAUCAUCUAUUGGGAGCUCCUGGUCAAGGACUGCUCUCAAGGGAGGACGCCUGGUGGGGAGGUGAUGGAGCGUUGCUGCCUGGCGAUGGAGGAGGCGCUGAACUCGGUGUACCGGCAGAGCCGGGUGGCGGACGGGUCGAUCGGGCCGCUGGAGAUCAGGGUGGUGAGGGGAGGAACCUUCGAAGAGCUCAUGGACUACGCCAUCUCGAGGGGGGCGUCCAUCAACCAGUACAAGGUCCCUCGCUGCGUCAACUUCCCGCCGAUCCUGGAGCUUCUCGACUCCCGGGUGGUCUCGGCCCACUUCAGCCCGGCCCUGCCCAACUGGUCCCCACAGCGGUCAGGCUAGAACGUGGGGCCCAUGUGUUUGUGUGGCACCAAAUCCAACACCGACCGGCCGACCGACCUACCUUCUCGGUUCCUCGUCAACGGGCGUGCCGGGGACGGAGUUGCAAUUUGUUUCCAUAUUGUGGACGACGACUUGCUUUCUUUACUUCUUUUCUUCUCUGUAUCUUUGUUUUAAAAAGAGCCAUCCUCUAUUUUCUUCUGCCAAAUGGACUAACGUGCUUUAAAAAAUGUAUUAGCUGUGGCUAGUGGACAACUUCUUUCCUUCUAGUCUAUUCCCCGAUUUAACGGUAAUGUAAUGUUCUUCUCACAA